AUGGCUGACAUUCUAUUUCUGUUGGACAGUGCUGCCUUCCAGGCUGUUGUGAAGUUUAGCAACUGCAAUGGAAAAAGAAAAGUACAGUAUGAAAGCAGCGAACCAGCAGAUUUCAAGGUGGACGAAGAUGGCAUGGUGUAUGCUGUGAGGAGCUUUCCACUCUCUUCUGAGCAUGCUAAGUUCCUGAUAUAUGCCCAAGACAAAGAGACCCAGGAAAAGUGGCAAGUGGCAGUAAAAUUGAGCCUCAAGCCAACCUUAACUGAGGACUCAGUGAAGGAAUCACAAGAAAUUGAAGAAAUUGUAUUCCCAAGACAAUUCACUAAGCACAAUGGCUACCUGCAAAGGCAGAAGAGAGACUGGGUUAUCCCUCCAAUCAAUUUGCCAGAAAACUCCAGAGGACCUUUUCCUCAAGAGCUUGUCAGGAUCAGGUCUGAUAGAGAUAAAAACCUUUCCCUGCGGUACAGCGUAACUGGUCCAGGAGCUGACCAGCCUCCAACUGGUAUCUUCAUUAUUAAUCCAAUCUCAGGUCAGCUGUCAGUAACAAAGCCUCUGGAUCGCGAGCUGAUAGCCCGUUUUCAUUUGAGGGCACAUGCAGUGGAUAUUAAUGGAAACCAAGUGGAGAACCCCAUUGACAUCGUCAUUAAUGUUAUUGAUAUGAAUGAUAACAGACCUGAGUUCUUACACCAGGUUUGGAAUGGGACAGUUCCUGAGGGAUCAAAGCCUGGUAGCUCCCUUAUGUAUAAGCCAAUUUAUAGAUAUAGUCAACUGUGCAUUAAACCCAUACUUUUUCUUGGUCCAAGGGCACUUCUCUGCACCUUCAGAAAGGAGGGGUGGGGCAUGUUUACAAUCAACAAUGAGACUGGUGAUAUUAUCACAGUGGCAGCUGGACUUGAUCGAGAAAAAGUGCAACAGUAUACGUUAAUAAUUCAGGCUACAGACAUGGAAGGCAAUCCCACAUACGGCCUUUCCAACACAGCUACGGCCGUCAUCACAGUGACAGAUGUCAAUGACAAUCCUCCAGAGUUUACUGCCAUGACAUUCUAUGGCGAAGUCCCCGAAAACAGGGUAGAUGUCAUAGUAGCUAAUCUAACUGUGACUGACAAGGAUCAGCCCCACACACCAGCCUGGAAUGCAGUGUACAGAAUCAGUGGUGGAGACCCUACAGGACGGUUUGCCAUUCAAACUGACCCAAACAGCAAUGACGGGCUGGUCACCGUGGUAAAACCAAUCGACUUUGAAACAAAUAGGAUGUUUGUCCUUACUGUCGCUGCAGAAAAUCAAGUGCCAUUAGCCAAGGGAAUUCAGCACCCACCUCAGUCAACUGCAACUGUGUCUGUUACAGUUAUAGAUGUGAAUGAAAGCCCUUAUUUUACCAUGAAUCCCAAGUUCAUUCGCCAAGAAGAAGGCCUCCAUGCUGGUACCAUGUUGACAACAUUCAUUGCUCAGGACCCAGAUCGAUAUAUGCAGCAAAACAUUAGAUACACAAAAUUAUCAGAUCCUGCCAAUUGGCUAAAAAUAGAUCCUGUGAACGGGCAAAUAAUGACAAUUGCUGUUUUGGACCGAGAAUCGCCAAACGUGAAAAACAAUAUAUAUAAUGCUACUUUCCUCGCUUCUGACAAUGGAAUUCCUCCUAUGAGUGGGACGGGAACGCUGCAGAUCUAUUUACUUGAUAUUAAUGACAAUGCCCCUCAAGUGUUACCUCAAGAGGCAGAGAUUUGUGAAACGCCAGACCCCAAUUCAAUUAAUAUCACAGCACUUGAUUAUGACAUUGAUCCAAAUGCUGGACCAUUUGCUUUUGAUCUUCCUUUAUCUCCAGUGACUAUUAAGAGAAAUUGGACCAUCACUCGGCUUAAUGGUGAUUUUGCUCAGCUUAAUUUAAAGAUAAAAUUUCUUGAAGCUGGUAUCUAUGAAGUUCCCAUCAUAAUCACAGAUUCGGGUAAUCCUCCCAAAUCAAAUAUUUCCAUCCUGCGCGUGAAGGUUUGCCAGUGUGACUCCAACGGGGACUGCACGGAUGUGGACAGGAUCGUGGGUGCAGGACUUGGCACUGGUGCCAUCAUUGCCAUUCUGCUCUGCAUCAUCAUCCUGCUCAUCCUUGUGCUGAUGUUUGUGGUGUGGAUGAAACGUCGGGAUAAAGAACGCCAGGCCAAGCAACUUCUAAUUGAUCCAGAAGAUGAUGUAAGAGAUAAUAUCUUAAAGUAUGAUGAAGAAGGUGGAGGAGAAGAAGACCAGGACUACGACUUGAGCCAGCUCCAGCAGCCUGAUACCGUGGAACCCGAUGCCAUCAAGUCUGUAGGAAUCCGGAGACUGGAUGAGAGACCCAUCCACGCUGAGCCCCAGUAUCCAGUCAGAUCUGCAGCCCCACACCCUGGGGACAUCGGAGACUUCAUUAAUGAGGGCCUUAAAGCUGCUGACAAUGAUCCCACUGCUCCGCCAUAUGACUCCCUCUUAGUCUUUGACUAUGAAGGCAGUGGCUCCACCGCUGGGUCCCUGAGCUCCCUUAAUUCCUCAAGUAGUGGUGGUGAGCAGGACUAUGAUUACCUGAACGACUGGGGGCCACGGUUCAAGAAACUUGCUGACAUGUAUGGUGGAGGUGAUGACUGAACUUCAGGGUGAACUUGGUUUUUGGACAAGUACAAAAAUUUCAACUGAUAUUCCCAAAAAGCGUACAGAAGCUAGGCUUUAACUUUGUAGUCUACUAGCACAGUGCUUGCUGGAGGCUUUGGCAUAGGCUGCAAACCAAUUUGGGCUCAGAGGGAAUAUCAGUAAUCCAAUACUGUUUGGAAAAACACUGAGCUCAGUUACACUUGAAUUUUACAGUACAGAAGCACUGGGAUUUUAUGUGCCUUUUUGUACCUUUUUCAGAUUGGAAUUAGUUUUAUGUUUAAGGCUUUAAUGGUACUGAUUUCUGAAACGAUAAGUAAAAGACAAAAUAUUUUGUGGUGGGAGCAGUAAGUUAAACCAUGAUAUGCUUCAACAUGCUUUUGUUACAUUGCAUUUGCUUUUAUUAAAAUACAGAAUUAAACAAACAAACAAAAAAAGAACUCAUGGAGCGAUUUUAUUAUCUUGGGGGAUGAGACCAUGAGAUUGGAAAAUGUACAUUACUUCUAGUUUUAGACUUUAGAUUUUUUUUUUUCACUAAAAUCUUAAAACUUACGCAGCUGGUUGCAAAUAAAGGGAGUUUUCAUAUCACCAAUUUGUAGCAAAAUUGAAUUUUUUCAUAAACUAGAAUGUUAGACACAUUUUGGUCUUAAUCCAUGUACACUUUUUUAUUUACUGUAUUUU